AACAUCCCAGAGAGGCAGCCCCAAAAUAGGUUAUUCCAAGAUGAAGGCUUUCCUUGUGCUCCUGCUGGGAGUGCUCCUGUGCGUGGACUCAGGUUCAUCUUUGAGGUGUUACAGCUGCAAGUCCGAGCUCAGCAACACCAAGUGCCAGACAGAGAUGACAUGUGGCGCUAACCAAAUGUGCAAGACAGACGUGAUCCGGGUUGUGGGGCUCUUCAGCGUCAUCAGCAAGGGAUGUGACUCCUCGUGUGACCCAACUUACCAGGACUUCAACGUGGGCAACAGGAACAUCUCCUGCUGCAGCAGUGACUUGUGCAACGUCAACGCCGCGGGCAAUGUGAGGUCCAGCUACGGGCUGGCCGGAGGGAUAGCGGCCGGAGUGCUCUGGACCGUCCUCAACAACAAAUUCUGA